AUGGCGGCCUACAUUUCUUCAACUUAUUCAGGUCAUUCGGCUUUGUCUUCUUAUCGUCUUCCCUUGUAUGUCCCACAGGCGAUAUUGUUGGCAGACUCUCAUGUCUUCGACAUGACCUAUCCCCCGACAACGCAGCCUCUCCGCAACUUGUCUCCCAUCACAGAACUUACCACUCCUGGAUCCCUUCGUGCGACUCUGCCUGAUGUCGACCCUCCCACCGCCUUCCACAUCGACGAUGACGAUGUCAGCGUAUAUUCGAGUGGAUCUGUAGAGACAGUGACCGCCGUACCGGGUGUCUCAGAAGGUGCGCCAGGGACAGAUCAAGACCAAGGUGUUGUACCUCGUCUCAAGCCAGUUUCAUCCAACACUCCAUUUCCCAAGAGUCCCGUCAUACCCCCUCGUUCACCAGCAAGGGAGGCCGUCUUUGGCGAAAUUACCUCCUCCACCCAGAUCAAAUCAUCCCUUGCACAGCCUGUGAACCCUGGAGGUUUGCCCCCGCCCCCUAGGUCCCUGACAAAGAGCCCGAGCCGCCAGCAACAGCCGACACCUUCAGAGACUCCCAUUUUGCGCACUCCGAGUGAGGAAGCUAGGCAAAGAUACGCCGAUCGAUAUGGUAUGCAAGUGGAAGAUGUCCCCAUAGAGGUACAGGAGAAGAAUAAGGAAAGGAAGGCAGAAGUCGAGCAUCCGGGGUUGGCAGGGGUCGGUGCGGGCGGAAGGAGUAGACCCGCAAGCGUGAGAAGUAGACCCAAUAGCUUUCAUGCUUCGAGUCCAGACAAAGAUGUCAAACCUCCAACUAUCCCUCCCUCUCCAGCAGCGGGGACCACAACUCUAGGUCGCCGAUUGGAAGAUCCCUCGAUGCAUAAUAUACCCCUCUUCCCUUCACCUCCCAAUGGAUCACCUAAGCCGGGGAACUCCAGAUCGGCAAGUAUGCAAGAUCUGCGCGAACUACGAGCCGCUCUUACCAUAUCCGACAGUAUACACAGAAGCCCCUACACCGGACAUAGCUCGCCUUCGGCUCGGCGAUCUGGGGAGGCCGUGGACUUCCCUUCUCCACCACAGCUCGAGAGUCCUGCGAAAACACCGGCUGUGCUAGCUUCAGAAGACAAUCCACUGGCUCAAGAAGCUUCGAAGUCUAUUCGUAAACGGCAUCUUUCAGAACCGCAUCCCCACAUUCCUCGCCAAUCUUCGGAGCAAAACCUAUCUAGUCUACCCAAACGAUCAAGGAAAGACUCCAAACGUCGAUCACUCGUUCCCAGUAUCUUCCUCUCCAUAUUCUCUCACAAGCCACCGGUAUCAGAGCACAUUCACGACCGAUCAGUACGUCGACUUUCCAAGCGUCGUCAAGCUGAACCCUCUUCUCCCACCUCUUCCAGAAGCUCUAUCAAACGACGAUCUGGGACCGCUUCGGUCAUCAAGCCCAUUAAAUCCAUGGAGAGAUUAGAAGAUCGUGGACACGAAGUCUUAGAGGAAACUCCACCCAGAACCGCCAUCAGGACCUCUGGAACAUUCGGAAUUCGUGAUGAUGGGUCUGAGACUUACCCUUCACAUCGAUCAGCCACCACCAGUCCGGUGACUCCCCGACCGGUCUUGCACCGUCAGUCUAUCUCUGAUCUGGGUUCAGCAAAGUCUGCAGUACCUCAAAGACAUUUGUACGUCGAGAACAUGCCUGUAAAAGAAGAAGAGACUGCACCUUCAUCGCUGAGAGGACAAAUGGAUGAGAAGUACAAAGAUGAAAUAGAGGGAGAAGAUCCAGACCGAACAUUCUUCACUCCCAUAAAACCUAUCAAUCCCAAACAACAGGAUGAAACAGUGAUAAGCGAAGCGAAAAACACUCCUUCUACUGUUCCAAAGGUGGAGGAACAAGCAGCCGUACCAGAGAGGAAGCCGACUCUCGAGCCAGUGGAUAAAUGGCAGAGUGUACUCGCAUCUCCAAUCUCCCCUUUAGCCAUCGUAUCACCGCCUACACCACAGCUUGUCGUCUCCGCUGCCUACGAUGAAGGUCAAGCUGUAUCAAGCCCAAGACCACUCCCUCGUCCUCCAAGUUUUGCUUCAGCAACAGACAUGGCUCAAGGUCAUCCCUCUCCUCGAUUUUCUCCGCUCGUCAGUCCCAUUAGUCCUUCUUCAUCAGGUAUGGAUCGACCAGAUGCGUAUCUUCAUUUACAGCCGGAAGUUCCAACUCGAUCCGAUCAGUCACACACUGGAAGUCAUUCUCAUUCUCAUUCUCAUGCGUCCACACGUUCUCACGAUUAUGACCAGACCUCAUCGCGUUCAAUGCACCAUUCGCAUGACCUUCCUCACACUUCUACACAUUCGAACCAUUCUCAUGCAGAUAAUGCUCAUCUCCCACAUGGAAUGGACCCUGGACAGGGUGCUGCACCCAGACCCAAUGAAGAAACAGGACGAGAAGAACCUACAUCCAACAACCUCCCUCUUUACGUUGCUUCACAUCUUCUCUCCGCCCAUGCCGCAGCUCUUAUGAGACAAUCGAGCAACAUGCGUCAAGCCAGUGAGAACUUGACACGUAUGGCUCAAGAGAGUCUUCAAUGGGGAGGAGUUUUAGUAGGUUUGACACAAUCUUCCAUCGAUGCUCCUUUCGCCUUCCCCUCAGAAGUCCCUGCACCGCCUAUAGAUCCCCGAAACAUGCCGCCCGUUUCGAAUAUGGAAGACUAUCAACCUCCCUUUGGCCUUCCUCGCGAUGAUGGACGUAAGCAAGAGCGGCACAAUGCGGAGAGAACAGGAGUAAUGGAUGAGGGAAGAUCUGCAAAUAUUUCUGAAGGUCUUCCUGGUAGAUUAUCUUGGCAUCCUUAUUCUGGACCACCGGCACCUUCUGCUUAUCCUUAUCCACAAGUUUUCAACAUGCCACCCGGUGUCCCAGGGGAUCACCCGUUCUCGAUCCCUCCUGGAGGACGAACAGGUAUGCAAGGUCCAGCUGGAAUAUCCACCUCCUCUCGACCUCCCAUCCCUGUCUUCCAAUCGGCACCUUCUGUCUCUGUAUCGGAAACGGAAGAUCCUUAUACCCGUAUCCCUCCACGUCUCAAAAUGUCCAGGGUUCAACCUCCGUAUCAGGCGGUUGACUCUCGGCAUGAUCAUUUUAACCCUGCUCAAACCCAGGAUGCUGCCGCGUUCCGCCGUGCUGAACGAAGAAGGAAAGGGGAGUCUCUACCCGCUUCAUGGCCUCAUCUCCAAACUGGUCAAGGGCCUAGACCCAUCGAGAAUCCACUAACCUCUCAUCAUCACCAUCAUCAGGACGGAACCAGACCCAUCCCUCUCGAAUGGCUCGAAGAGGCAGACCGACUAGGUAGAGAAGGUUGGGCAUCCUUACGUCGUGCAGAAGAAGCAUGGAUAGGAGCUAUGGACGGAUUAAAACAUAUUUUAUCACGUGCUAUACCCCCUUCUCCCAUUCAUCAACAAUCACAUCCAUAUAUUUCAAGAACACAUGAGAAUCAUCAUGGAAUGUCAUUCUUUUCACCUGAUUCGACAGUACCCGAUCUCACAGCAUAUGAAGAUAGUGGUUCAACUGUGAGACCAAACAGAUGGUCUGGGUCAAGAGCGAGUACGAAUCAAAAUAGAUGGUCUGUUCCUCGACCUGGUUCGGUAAUGGGUCCCAUGCAGACGUAUGAAGAAGGUGAUGAGAGAGCUGGGAAUGAUAAUCAAGUCGGACAAACCCAAGGAGUGAAUGAAGUCCAAAGAGGAGAAGGGAUAAUCGGAGGAAAUGGUGGAGAAAAUAAGGUAAUGGUUGAAAGAUCAGAAAGAAAUGAUAGAGUUGAAAGAGGAGAAAUUAAAUUUAAUCCACCUUCUCCUCCUCCUAUUUCCCCAGAUCCUUCACCAGGUCAUGUAGGUUAUACAGACGAACAAUUACAACUUUCUCCUUCAGCUAUAACCCCAUUGGACGUCCAUUCUACAAUCGGAACACUUCGUAAUCCCCUUGGUAACACCAUUUCGACCAAUUCAAAUGAUGUUGUUCCAGGUCAAGAAGAUAUUCACGAUACUAUCAAUAUCGAUAAAGGUAGAGAUGAUAUGAGAAAGAUGAAAGAAGAAGAAGAAGAAAUCAAAUCAGGUAGACGUACACCUUCUUCUAUCAGAAAAGGGAAAUUAAUCAAACCUACUCAUUCUCAACAAAUACAUUUAAAUGUCAUUCCACCUCCACCACCACCAUUACCAAGGACUAAAACUAAGAAUCAACCGCAGAUUAUGGAAAAGGAAAAGAUGUUGGAUAAUCAGAGAGGUGUACAAGGUCGUGUGGUUAGUUCUCAGACGGGGAUACCUGAGAAGGCUGAAAGGGUUUUAGGUGUUGAUCAGUUGGAUGGAAAGGAAAAUAAGGAUGGGAGGGAAGGGAAAGAAGGGAAGAAACAUUGGUGGAGUCGACAUCGAAGACAGAGUGUUGUUUGA